AUGCCUCUCCGGGAGUCUCGCGUGCCAAGUGAGGUCUCGGAGACCCCGAAGGUCCUCUUCUCAGCCUACGAAGAUGUUGCUAGCACAGGAUACAGAGGUGAGGACUCUCAGCAUCUCUCAGCACUCCCCACUGCAGGCGAUCUGUUGCCUGCAGCCAAGGGUGGGCUGCACAUAGCGGUAUUCGCUUAUCAACCCCCUUGGGAAACCCUCGUCGUCUCAAGGCAGGAGGUGCGUGCUGUGGGUGUGCAAGGUUGCGAGCUGCGAGCUCAGGAUGACUGCGACAGAGGUACAGAACGGACACAUGGCACAGGAAAGGCGAAGGAAGACAUCCACCCAAGCCUCCGACAAGCCUGGCCCUACGAGUACUGCAGACGCGGACGCACCACGCAAAAUCUCGCACGUCGGUCAAUGCUCCGAGUCUCAGAGCCUCUUCUGCCUCUGCGAGGGAGAUCGCGCACAAGGGCCGGCUGCCCCGACGCUCUGAAAACGAGUCGCACACGGGUGAUCCGCAGCUCUCGGCAGAAGCGAAGCUGGGCAAGCGGUCUUUUGGCGCAAGGGAAAGCGGAGUUCACAUUGAACGCGACCAGGCAACAUGAAGCCAGCUACGACUGGCAGCGCUGGACAGUCCGGGGGUGA